CACUGUCACGCGCUGUCACUAUAGAGCGCAUAGCGCGUUAAAGGCGGGGGGCGGGGUCACGGCUGUCAGUGCAGUGCCCGGAUUGUGUGUGCUGUGAUUGGAGCUCCGAGCUGACUGGCUGUGGGGAAUCAAAUAACCAUGAAGUGAAGAUUCGAAGUACUGUAUCACUCUCACAGAGAGUCCAUCUGUACUUCUGCCACUACAGUGUACAGUCCACGAAUAAGCUGCUCUCGACGACCUAUGUUGAAGGUGCUUGCAUUCUUGCAGAAAGGUGUAUGCUUUAAUACACAAACUCUAGUUUAAUGACUGAAGAAGAUACUCCGUUUAUAAUGGAGGAUUAUACCACCAGGACCUAUGGAACAGGUGGCCUGGACAACAGACCUUUGUUUGGGGAAACCUCUGCUAGGGAUAGAAUCAUCAAUAUCAUUGUUGGUGGAAUAACAUCCCUAUUCGCUCUAGUAACACUUAUCAGUGCUUUUGUCUUUCCUCAACCACCUCCCAAACCAUUGAAUGUAUUCUUUGCAUUCUGCAUAAUUUUGUGCUCGGUUACAUGUCUCGUACUGAUUUUUUGGUACCGACAAGGAGACCUGGAACCUAAGUUUAGAAAAUUGAUCUAUUACAUUUUAUUUUCUAUUGUCAUGUUAUGUAUAUGUGCCAACUUAUACUUUCAUGAUGUGGGGAAAUGAAACAUGGACAAUAGCAGAAAGCCUGUUCCAGAGCGGUGUGAUGAACAGAAGGACACCUUGUGGAUCAAACUAUGGAGUUGCAGUUAUCCCUUUUUUGUUCUGAAGUGACGAUGACUUACUGCCAUAAGAGACUAACCCCCCACCUUUUUUUCUUCUUUCUUUUUUAUUUAAAAAAACAAAAAAAACACCAUUGUUGCACUUAAGACAUUCUGGUGAAAGCACUUUUGUUUCUGAAAUUCUGUUUUUGGGGACGAAUUCUGAUCAAUUCCGGAAGAACAACCUUCAAAGGCAUUAUGUCAAGUGUGUUUAUUUAGUUUAAAUAUAACAGUUUGUUUUUACUAUGCAACAGAUGCCAGUAAGUACUAUUUCACAUUACCAAAACUGUAAUAUUAGGUUAUGAAAGACAUUUUGAAUGAAGGUUUAAAUAAAUAAAACAAAAUAUUUAC